AUGAUGCUUCACCGAUCUCUUGUGUUCUUGCUCCUCUCAUGCUUCUCUCUUUCUUCAUGGGCUCUUCCUCUUUGUUCCGAUUCCAGAGCUCCAUUGGAGGUGAAUUCGACAGUGAGCUUUUGUCCUUACAAAGACAAAACAUGCUGCGACACAAAGGAAGAUUCCAAUUUGAACAAGCAAUUCCAAGCUAUGAACAUUUCCGACAAGGCUUGUGCUUCUGUUGUAAAGUCAAUCCUCUGUUCCAAAUGCGAUCCUUUCUCAUCGGACUUAUUCAGUGAUAACUCAGAUCAACAGUCAGUUCCAAUCCUCUGCAACUCUUCCACAAAGGACUUCUGCACUGAGACAUGGGAGACAUGUCAAAACGUCUCCAUAUCAGAUUCUCUUUUCGCCGCCUCAUUACAAGGCCGAGCUGGAGCUCCGGCGAACAACAAAACCUCCAAGCUCGCUGAUCUAUGGCAGUCCAAAACCGAUUUCUGCUCUGCGUUUGGUGGAGAAGCUAGCUCCAAUGAAACUCUCUGCUUCAACGGCGAGCCAGUUACUCUUAACAACAACAACAACAACACUACUAGUCCUCUUGACAAGGCUCCUUCAGGUCUCUGCCUUGAGAAAAUCGGAAACGGGUCUUACCUCAACAUGGUUCCUCACCCUGAUGGCUCAAACCGAGCCUUCUUCUCCACACAACCUGGAGUAGUGUUCUUGGCUGGUCUACCGGAUCAGGACUCGGCGGGGGUGUUAGAUGUGGAUCUAUCUAGUCCGUUUGUGGAUUUGACUGAUGAGAUUCAUUUUGAUAUUGAGUUUGGGAUGAUGGGUAUGGCUUUUCAUCCAAAGUUUGCUUCGAAUGGAAGGUUCUUCGCGUCUUUCAACUGCGAUAAGUCUAAGUGGCCGGGCUGUACAGGAAGAUGUGCUUGUAACUCUGAUGUAAACUGUGAUCCUUCAAAGCUAACUCCUGACAGUGGAUCUCAACCAUGCCAAUUCCAAACUGUUAUAGCUGAGUACACAACCAAUGGUACUUCAUCAGACCCUUCUAAGGCCAAGAACGCUAAGCCAACAGAAGUGAGGAGGAUUUUCACAAUGGGACUUCCUUUCACAUCACACCAUGCUGGACAGAUUCUGUUUGGUCCAGAUGGGUACUUAUACUUUAUGAUGGGAGAUGGAGGUGGAGGCGCAGAUCCUUACAAUUUCUCACAGAACAAGAAGUCUUUGUUGGGGAAGAUCAUGAGGCUUGAUGUGGAUAACAUUCCUAGUGCUUCUGAGAUCUCCAAGAUGGGUCUAUGGGGAAACUACUCUAUACCAAAAGACAACCCUUUCCGUGAAGACAAAGAGCUUGAACCUGAAAUAUGGGCUGUUGGGUUAAGAAACCCUUGGAGAUGCAGCUUUGAUUCUUCUAGGCCUUCUUACUUCAUGUGUGCUGAUGUUGGACAGGACGCAUAUGAAGAGGUGGAUCUCAUUACCAAAGGAGGAAACUACGGAUGGCGUGUUUACGAAGGCCCUGAGCUUUUCCAUCCUGAGUCAUCCCCUGGAGGAAACACAUCUGCUAAAUCCAUAAACACAAUAUUUCCUGUGAUGGGUUACAACCACUCUGAAGUUGACUCAAGUGGUAAAUCAGCUUCAGUCACUGGAGGAUACUUUUAUAGAUCAGAGACUGAUCCUUGCAUAGCUGGAAUGUACUUGUAUGCUGAUCUAUAUGGAAAUGGUGUGUGGGCUGGGAUUGAAAUGCCUGCGAAUAGCGGGAACUUUGUGACCAACAGAACAACCUUCAGCUGCGCCGGUGACUCGCCUAUGAAAUGCAGCGAUUCUCCGGGAAGUUCAGGGUUAUCUCUAGGCUAUGUCUUCUCCUUUGGUGAGGAUAACAAGAAAGACAUCUACUUGCUCACAAGCAAUGGUGUGUAUAGAGUGGUUAGGUCAAGCCGCUGUAACUUGACUUGCUCAAAGGAAAACUCCACGGCGGCUAGAAGAAACCCAAGUCCCUCAAGCUCUCCAGCUUCUUCAUCGACAUCUUGUUAUAGGCGUAUGAUGAAUGGUAGCUUUGUGGUUCUAUUGGUGUCUCUAUCUCUGAUUCUACUGGCUUUGUUAGUGUAA